AUGACGAGGAAGCAGCUUGCAACCAUUGUCCACAAGGCGCUGCUAGCGGCGUUCGUUUUGGCGGCGGCUGCAAUGGCGGAUAGAUAUUUUGCGUCGGUAGAUAUUACCAACAAGCUGAGCAGGGGAAUCGUGCUCAUCGUGCAUUGCAAGUCCGGAGACGACGAUCUCGGGCCUCGUGCCCUCGAGGCCAAUGCGACCUUCGGCAUGACCUUCCACCAGAACUUCUUCGGAGGGACGCUGUUCUGGUGCGACCUGGCGGUCGAAGAUAAGCGUCUUUCGUUCACCGCGUUCGACGAGAGCGAUCACGAGACGUACGUCAAGGCGUUCGAGGUGUCAGAUGGCGGAGUCGACGGGGUGGAUAGUUUUAGCGGGGAGAUGGUUCAUGUUUGUGGGUGGAGAGUUGUGACUCAUUUGAAUUUUUAG